AUGCAUCACUGUAUCGCUCGGCACUGCGGCAGAGGUGCGCCGAAUGCCCAGGGAGGACCUCCGCCCGGAUGGUGGUGGCAAUUGCAGGAGGUACCCCGGAUCCCGAGCAGGCCGACGACACACCACGGCAACGAUGCGCCGCGGCAACGACACAGGCGAAGCGCGCUUGCGUGCUGGCAAGACCGCCCGCGGGAAACGCCUCUGGAUGAGAGGGGCGAAGAGAGAGAGAGAGAGAGAGAGAGAGAGAGACAG